AUGACUGACAAUGUUAUUUAUUCCGUAUUAGAGUUUUCUACUGCAUCCCAAGCCCAGAAUGACUACAGACUGCAGCAAAAAGCUUCUUCUUCAAGAUCCCCUCUCUCUUACUACGUGGCAGUAGCGUUGGGGCUUCUGUGUGCCAUUCUAGUGACUUUGCUGCUUUUCCAGUGGAUUCUGUGCCGGGGUUGCAAGUUCUCUACUUGUGCCAGCUGUCCUAGCUGCCCAGACCUCUGGGUGAGGUAUGGUGACCAUUGUUAUUACUUCUCAGUGGAAGAAAAGAACUGGAAUUCUAGCCUGGAAUUCUGCUUAGCCAGAGAUGCACAUCUCCUUAUGUUUAAAGACAACCAGGAAAUGGCAAAUUUUCUGGUUUCUUACAGAAUAUUUUCAAACAGCUUGGUACAGAAGUGUGGUACCAUCAGCAAAAGUGGUCUCCAAGCCUCUAGCUGUGAAGUUGCUUUACCGUGGGUCUGUAAGAAGGUCAAACAUUGAUGAAUGGUCAGUCUGUCAUGUGGCUCCCUAGAAAGAGGGAGCUGGCCUCUGGGUAUCAGGUGAGUCAUGGGUACAUAUUUAGUGACGGCUACCAUUCUAGGAUAUGCAUUAGAUGUGAGAUUAAUGCUGCCUCCCUGGGAUUGAUGGUUUCUUGCUGGACUUUCUGAGAGUAUUCAGAUAUUAUCUUAACAAUU